AUGGCCAAGGUUACUCAACUCUUGUUCGACUGUGACAACACCCUCGUGCUGUCCGAGGAGCUGGCUUUCGAGGCCUGCGCCGACAUCGCCAACGAGAUCCUCGCCAAGCGUGACAUCACCGACCGCUACACUGGCGAGCAGCUCAUCCAAGAUUUCGUCGGCCAGAACUUCCGCGGCAUGAUGGUCUCGCUGCAGGGCAAGUACGGCUUCGAAAUGCCCAAGGACGAGAUUGAGCGUUACGUCAAGGAAGAGGAAAACCAGGUCAUCGCCAAGCUGGAGGCCAAGGCUACGCCCUGCAUUGGCGCCACCGAGGAACUCGAGAGACUGCAGCGUUCUGGCAAGUACGAUAUGGCCGUCGUGUCGUCCUCUGCUCUGCGCCGUGUCCGUGCCUCGAUCAAGAAGGUCGGCCAAGACAAGUACUUCAAGGCAGACCAUGUCUUUAGCGCCGCCACCUCUCUUCCCCAGCCCACCUCCAAGCCAGACCCUGCCAUUUACCUCCACGCUCUCGACGUCCUAAAUAAGAAAGCCGAGGAAUGCGUUGCUAUCGAAGACAGUCGCUCCGGUGCUCUCAGUGCCAUCCGUGCCGGCAUUCCCGUCAUUGCCUACGUUGGAAGCUACCACGGUGACGAUAAGCGCGGCGAGAUGGCAGCCAAGCUGACCGAGCUUGGUGCCCAGGUCGUCAUGAAGGACUGGGCCGAAUUCGACACGUGCCUGAAACAGAUCGAAGGCGAGCCUCUGGAAAAGAGCGAAGCCAACCUUUAG